GUGAGGAGCGCGGAAGACAUCCAGAAGCGAGGGGAAGCGCGAGCAAAAGGAAGCUAUUUUUAGUGCACCCCGAUUGCGAAGGACAUUGCAGGCUUCACUGAGGAAGCAUAAUCGAACGUACGGCUGGUGAGCAUGGCAUCGCCGAUCGUAAUGCCGGGUGUUGCCGGUACGCUGGAUGGUCGAAAGAAUUACCGGCAAAGCAAGCAUUGCUAUCACCACAUGGUGCCGCUGAUUGUGACCACCAUUCUGCUUGUGAUGAGACCGCUACCGAUUGCCGAGGCGGACAUUCUGGUGUAUCAGAUGCUGAACGAUCAGAUUGUCGAAGAAUUCCGCGACCUUCCGGCAACGUUUGGGGGGGAAAUUCCCGACUCUGGGCUGAAGGUGCUGGCGGAUCGGGCCGAUCCUCCGGAUGGUUGUACCGAAAUGCGUUUGGCACCGGCACCGAAUGGUACGAGCAAGUUCGCUGUUGUCAUCGCACGAUACAACUGCUCGUUCGAGGUGAAGGUCCGGAAUGCCCAACAGGCCGGCUACUCGAUGGUUAUCGUGCAUAAUGUCGGCAGCAAUGAUUUGGAACACAUGUCCGCCAACCAUCCACAGGACCUGCUUAUCCCGUCUGUGUUCGUGGGAGAGAUGGCUGGUCGCAGCAUCAUCGAAGCGUACCUGUACGACCGAGGAUAUGCGCUCGUCAUCACCGACGAUAUCCCGUUCAACAUCAGCAACAACCUGAUCAUCCCGUUCGCGAUCGUUGUUGGGUUGUGCUUCAUCAUCAUGGUGCUGUUCAUGAUCAUACGCUGCAUCCGCGAACGACGCCGGAUGAUGCGUCAUCGAUUGCCGGCUCGCAUCCUCAAGAAGAUCGUCAUCGUGAAGUUCGCCAAGGGCAUGCGCUUCGAUAUGUGCGCUAUCUGCUUGGACGAUUACGUGGAGAACGAUCGGUUGCGGGUGUUACCGUGUCGCCACGCCUACCAUGCCAUCUGUAUCGAUCCGUGGUUGACGAAGAACCGUCGUGUGUGCCCCAUUUGCAAGCGCAAAGUGAUCGUCUCAAGCGAACAUCGCCGGCAACGUCGAUACUCCAGCGAUAGUUCGUUGUCGACGGAUGAAUCAACACCGUUGCUGAACUCGACGCAGAACGCAGCCACCGCGGCCAAUGUGGUGUCCCCAAGGGAGGAGCAACAAACGCAGCAGCAAGCGACCGAACCUCCGGAGAACCACAUUGUGGACGUGCCACCAUCGGACGAUGACGAUGAGAUGCUGGAUGAUCGGAACAUACCGAGUCCUCGCUGGUUGUUACGCUAUCGAAGCGGUCAGGAGCAACCACAGCAGCAACAAGAGCAGGAAGUACAGGAACAGCAGCAGCAGCAGACUCAGCAACCGACAAACGCAUUACCGUUCAUUCCAUUUGAUUUCUUGAAAAGAAUGUUGACCAACUCCUGGUCUCAGGAGGCGCGUACUGGCAAUGAUCCCGAAUCCGUACCGCCACCGCCACCACCAUCGUCGUCGUCUCCCGGAAAUGUGGUCACACCAGCCGCAACGCCUGGGGGAGGCGGAAACAACAUCCUUAAUGCGCACCUGUCCGGUUCGUUCCACGGCUCGGAGGACACCACGGACGAUGAGCUGCUGGAUGCGAUGCAGCGGGACAGAACCAAACAGCGCCAGUUCCGUUCGGCGCCGGAUAUGCCCUCGACCAGCGUUGGUGCGCGUCUUGGAGUGGCCGCCCUGCCGAAUGUUAACUUUAACCCGGCCACCGGAGCUGCCAGCGGUACGUCGAACGCAACCGCCGACAGUAGCGGCAGCAGUUCGCGGCAACCUCAACGGCAGGGACGCCGGAAUCGGUGGCGAAAACGUGGAGCUAAUGGCAAUGGAAACGAUAGCCAUAUCGUGUAAAUACAGUAGACCGGUGAGCGAAACCGACGGGACAAGCAAUUUCGGUGCGGGAACCGGCCGAACGGCGUUUCCUGUGCGUGUGCGUUGGGUAUCGUUUUAUCGGAGAGCUACCAUCCUCCUCGUAAACCAAGCACUUCCGCAGCACGUGCGAGACCGGGUGCGGAUGUUGGAAGGUUAAUUUUUCACGGGACAUUAUGACCCCGACGUCUCGUGUGGUAGCCGUGUGGAGAGGGACUCAUCCGGAUGAACUAGUUUUUUUGGCACAUCAUACGGAACUGGCGCGCCUACAGCCGUGACCAGCCGGAUGUCGCUUACACACACACACACACACACACACACACACGUGAUAUAGAAUAUGCAUAUAAGAUCUUUAAUUGGUAAGCCGCUGCGAGCCUCCAGAGGCGUCCAUCCUUGCGAGAAGGGCACACCGAAUUGGUGCCUAAAGCAGCGCGAGUUCUUUCGCGAGUGAUCCCAUCGAAGAAACAGAAAAAAACGGAAGCUGUCGAGAUCCUCGAAUGUAUCGAAAGACGGUUUAGAACAAACAGAAGAAAACAGAAGCAUGUUUUUGAUUUUCCAUUUUCCAUUCUUUUGGCGCUUGGCGGAUGCGUUUGGUUCCCAGGAAAGCGGGAAGGCACCUCUUGUAGCCGCGGGUUUCGUUAAACUAAUUUAGCUUCACUACCUUUACAACGCAUAGUCAUUCGUAUGUUAUCGAUAUUAUAUGUAAUUGCUUUUUCUCCUUUUCAAUAUUUUUUUUACUAACGGAACUGAGUAUACAGAAGAAAAGAACCCAAAAUCGAGGGAGUAUAAUCGCAGGAGAUGAAUUAAGUAGCUUAGAAUGUAGGAAAGCGCGCAGUACAGAGCGACAUAUGAAUGUGAUUCUUAGCGAUUUGGAUACAUUUGGGUUUUUGUAAUCGAAAAGCCUACGGCGCCAGCUCUAGCGAGGGGGUGUUUAACAAGGUAUGAGUUGUGAGACAGGAGACGUGUGCCGUGCGUAUAUCUUCCAACCGUUUCUCGCAGAAGGUUGUUGAUGGAUUUUUUUUAAUUUAUAACGCACUAGCGGAGAAGGCGCCAGAUAGUGAUAGUGAGCCGGGAAAGGAGGUUGACGGUACCGGUAGCCGCAGGGUCACAGGUCUAGGUGAAGAUGAUUUUGGGGGGAGAAGGGGCGCAUCAUAAUAUGUUUGCGUUGAUGUAAUACCUCCUGGAUUCUUUUCGCUCACACUUUCGCUCAUCGCAGCGCAACCGCCAUUCUCGUCCAAUGGUUCACCCAUCGUUUGUUACGAGACAUAGAAACAAUUGGUAGAAAUAAACUAUAGGAAUACAUCCGUAUAUAUAUACAUAUACCCCAAGCGAAACAAACUCCUUAUUCUGCUGAGAAACAGCCCGAUCGUCCCGCGGUGUAUAGAUAGUGGUACAAUAGGUGUACAUCGCGAGGCUAGCUAGUAGAGGCUUCGUUCGCCUGUUGCCGCUUCCUUCCAGCUGGACGGUAGUUUGGUGCGAAUGUAGUGAACAAUCCGUGUGAACGCUGCUAGCUUCCGGCCAUGCUGAUAUGUAGGGAAACGAAUGUAUCUACUCGCGGCAAUCACGACACUGCUGUUACUAAAGCGUAAAGUAGUGUUCCGUACCAUUGUGAACGACAAGCAGACACAUUAAAUAUACAAUAAAGCGACUGCGUGGAAGCAGGCGAAGUCGUGCCGAAUGUGUGGCGUUGGUUUUGCGGAAGAAGAGAGAAAAAAAGGAAU